ACCGCCAUUGCAGAGUACCUUACCGUUACUGUUGGCGCCAAAAAACAUUACUUUUCUUGAAUUUAAAAUUUUCUCGUCAAAUAUUCUAUAAUUAUUCAACCAAAAGGUUACGUACUUCAAUUUUUCAAGGACUCAGAGAAAUGAAGCCUCUGCAGCAAGUUCAUGCCCACAUAAUCACCUCUGGUGUUUCUGGCAAUAUUUUUUUGUGCAACAGAUUGGUAAAUUCAUAUGCUUUUUGUGGGCUUAUGGCCAAAGCCCAGAUAAUAUUUUCUCAAAUUUUGUAUAAAAAUCUAGUUUCUUGGACUGUUUUAGUAUCAGGGUUCACAAAAAAUGGCCUUUAUAUUGAAGCUAUUGAGGCCUUCCAUGAGAUGAUUAUUAAAGAAAUUAAGCCAAACGAGUUAACAAUAGCGAGUGUUUUGCCAGCUUUUGGGAAAUUGGGAUUUGCCAAGAUGGGAAAAUCAGUACAUUGCUAUUGGAUUAGGAAGAAAUUCAAAGACAAUAUUAUUGUGGAAACAGCUUUUGUUGAUAUGUAUUCAAAAUUUGGGUGCACAAGUGUUGCUAGAUAUGUGUUCGACAAAAUGUCUGUAAGGAAUGUGGUGUCGUGGAAUGUGAUUAUUUCAGGUUAUUCUGAUAAUGGAUUUGGGGAUGAAGCAGUAUCUCUAUUCAAAAAGAUGAAGAGAAAAGGAUUCUAUGCCGAUGUUUUUACCAUGAUGAGCUUAGUUUCGGCUUGUUUGAGCAUGGAAGAUAUUCGAGUAGGAACUGGAGUCCAUGGCUUGAUAAUCAGAAGUGGAUAUGUGAAUGAUCAAUUGCUUAGAACUUUUUUGAUGCAAAUGUAUAUAAGUGGUAAUUCUGCUAGCGAUGCUUAUUGUGUAUUUGAUGAGAUUCCCAUAAAGGAUGUGGUUGCUUGGACAUUGAUGUUGUCAGGGUUUACGAAAAGUGGAGAAUCGAAAAGGUCAGUCGAGCAUUUGAACAAGAUGAUGCGAGUGGACGGGAUUUUGCUGGAUUCUGUUUCUUUGGUCAGUAUCCUUUCCGGUUGCAGCUGUUCAGGAGCUUUGCAGCACGGCCGGAGGGUACAUGCUCUGGUGAUAAAAGCCGGUUUUGAAAGUGAUGUAUUUGUAGGAUCGUCUAUUAUAGACAUGUAUGCUAAUUGUGGAAAUAUGGAGGACGCGAAAAGAUACUUUGAAUGGAUGGAAGAGAAGGAUAUCGUAUGCUGGAAUGCACUAAUAUCUGGUUAUGGAAUGAAUGGCUAUGGAAAUUUUGCAAUUGAUCUGUUUAUGAAGAUUAAGGGUUCAGGUCUAAUCCCAGAUGGGUCAACCAUGGUUUCUAUCUUGUGUGCUUGUAGUCAUGCUGGACUUGUAGAUCAAGGGCUUGAAAUUUUUAAUCAAAUGGUUGCGAAUUGGUCUAUAGUUCCUAGUUUAAAGCAUUAUGUGUGUGUAAUCGACCUUCUUGCUCGUGCCGGACGACUAGAUGAUGCUUAUGCACUGAUGAAGAGGAUGGAUGUGCACCCAGACAUUUAUAGUGCCUUGCUUAGUGCUUGUCAGGUUCACAAGAACGUCGAGAUGGGAAUUAAGAUCUCUCGAAAACUAUUCGAGUCGAGACCUAAUGAUGUGGGGCAGUAUGUAUUGCUCUCAAACAUGUAUGCUUUAGCUGGAAACUGGGAUGAUGCGAAAAGUACUAGAAUAUAUUUGAGAUCAAGAAAAUUGAAGAAGGAACCAGGUUUCAGUUCAACUGAGAUAGAUUGAGGAAUUCCUGAAAGGCAUGAUAAUCGAAACAAAAGCAGAAAUUCUUGAAAAUAAGUAAAAGUCUCUUAAACCAAAAAUUGUUUAGAUAGUUUAAAUUUUUUCUACCUGUGAAAAUAUUACGUUUUUGAAUGUAAGUCUUCACUUGCUGUCAAAAGUAACUUAUUUCAAAUUUGACCAAUAAAAUAUUUAUUAUUUUAAAAUCAA